AAGCAACAAUUAAGCAGCUCUGGGAUAAAACACACAGCCCGCGGGAGCACGGGGGCAUUGCUUCAAGAGAUGGCAAGGCAGGCAGCUGCACCCCUCCUUCCCGGAGUCCUCCUCCUCCUCUUCUCCAUCCUCCCGGCUACUCAGCAAGGAGGGGUCCCUGGUGCUAUCCCGGGAGUGGGAGUCCCAGGAGCAGGCUUUUUCCCAGGUGCUGGAGUUGGAGGUUUGGGAGCAGGACUCGGGGUUGGAGCAAAACCUGCCAAACCAGGGGUCGCAGGACUUGGGGGACUCGGCCCACUUGGCCUGCAGCCAGGUGCUGCAGGUCUCUUCCCAGGAGCUGCCUUCCCUGGGGGGGCCUUCCCAGGGGCCGCCGGGGCCGCGGCUCUCAAGGCUGCUGCGAAAGCUGGUGCUGUGGUACCGGGCGCGGUGCAGCCCGGGGUUGGCGCGGCAGGGAAACCCCCUAAAAUACCAGGUGCUGGGAUUCCUGGAGCUUUUCCGGGCGGCGUGCUCCCCGGAGCAGGCAUUCGCUUCCCUGGCGUAGGGGUGCUGCCCGGAGUACCCACUGGAGCUGGAGUCAAGCCAAAAGCUCCAGGAGUUGGGGCCUUUGGAGGAAUCCCUGGACUGGGAGGUUUUGGAGGUCCACAGCCCGGUGUCCCUCUGGGGUAUCCCAUCAAAGCUCCUAAGCUCCCAGGUGGCUAUGGAUUGCCCUACACCAAUGGCCUCAGGCCCGGUGGGCCAGGAGCAGGCCUUGCAGGGAAGGCAGGGUAUCCCACCGGGACAGGAGUCGGAGCUCAGGCGGCCGCGGCAAAGGCAGCAGCGAAAUACGGAGCCGGUGUCCUGCCCGGGGUUGGCGGCAUCCCAGGAGUCGGCGGCUUGGUACCCGGUGUGCCAGGAGUUGGAGUUGGAGGAGCAGCAGCAGCAGCGGCAGCAGCGAAGGCGGCGGCAAAGGCAGGAGCCCUUGCUCCAGGGGCAGUGCCUGGAGUUGGUGGUGUUGGUGUCCCUGGCUUGGUCCCUGGCGUUGGAGCUGUUCCAGGACUGGUGCCCGGCGUUGGAGUCCCCGGGGUGGCAGGGGUGCCGUCGGCAGCAGCAGCAGCAAAGGCAGCUAAAUUCGGAGCUGGUGUUCCUGGUGUUGGUGUUCCCGGUGUUGGUGUUCCCGGUGUUGGUGUUCCCGGUGUUGGUGUUCCUGGUGUUGGGGUCGGUGCUGUCCCAGGCGUCGUGCCCGGAGUUGGUGUCCCCGGAUUGGUGCCCGGUGUCGGAGCUGUCCCCGGGGUGGCAGGGGUGCCGUCAGCAGCAGCAGCAGCAAAGGCAGCUAAGAUUGGAGCUGGUGUUCCUGGUGUUGGUGUUCCUGGUGUUGGCGUUCCCGGUGUUGGGGUCGGUGCUGUCCCAGGCGUCGUGCCCGGAGUUGGUGUCCCCGGUUUGGUGCCCGGUGUCGGAGCUGUCCCCGGGGUGGCAGGGGUGCCGUCGGCAGCAGCAGCAGCAAAGGCAGCUAAGAUUGGAGCUGGUGUUCCUGGUGUUGGUGUUCCUGGCGUUGGCGUUCCCGGUGUUGGGGUCGGUGCUGUCCCAGGCGUUGUGCCCGGAGUUGGUGUCCCCGGAUUGGUGCCCGGUGUCGGAGCUGUCCCCGGGGUGGCAGGGGUGCCGUCGGCAGCAGCAGCAGCAAAGGCAGCUAAAUUCGGGGUGCCGUCGGCAGCAGCAGCAGCAAAGGCAGCUAAGAUUGGGGUGCCGUCGGCAGCAGCAGCAGCAAAGGCAGCUAAGAUUGGAGCUGGCGUUCCUGGCAUCGCUGGCGUUCCCGGCGUUCCUGGAGUCCCUGGUGUUCCUGGUGUUCCUGGUGUCCCAGGCGUGCCCGUCGUGCCUGGAGUUCCUGGCGUGGUGCCUGGUGUCGGAGUGGGUGGCCCGGCAGCCGCAGCGGCCGCGGCGAAGGCGGCAGCGAAAGCCGCAGCAAUCGGACGCGUUCCCGGUGUCGGUGUUCCCGGUGUCGGUGUUCCCGGUGUCGGCGUUCCCGGUGUCGGCGUUCCUGGAGUCGGUGUGCCCGGAGUUGGUGUUCCUGGUGUGGGCGUGCCCGGUCUGGUGCCUGGGGUUGGCAUUCCAGGAGUUGGUCCUGCAGCCGCCAAAGCAGCCGCCAAAGCAGCCAAGUUUGGAGCAGUUCCCGGUGUAGGUGGCCUUGUUCCUGGUGUAGGUGGCCUUGUUCCUGGUGUGGGUGGCCUGGUCCCUGGUGUUGGAGGCGUCCCAGGGGUUGGAGUUCCGGGCGCAGCAGCGAAAGCAGCAGCAAAGGCAGCGAAAUUCGGAGCCGGGGUCGGAGGGGUGCCCGGUGUUGGUGUGCCCGGUGUUGGUGUGCCCGGUGUUGGUGUGCCCGGCGCGGUGCCCGGUGUUGGCGUGCCCGGGUUGGUGCCAGGUGUGGGAGUACCUGGAGCUGGUGUCCUCCCCGGGGCAGGCAUCCCCCAAGUAGGUGCUAAACCUCCCAAAUUCGGUGUGCCCGGAGUUGGAGUGCCAGGAGUUGGUGGCCUCCCAGGUGGCCUUGGAGUUGGUGGCCUCGGAGUCCCUGGGCUUGGUGUUGGAGCUGCUGGGAAACCUCCCAAGGCGGGGGUUGGAGUUCCCGGCUUCGGCGUGUCACCGAUAUUUCCAGGUGGGGUCGGCGCCCCGCUGGGAUUUGCUGGGAAGCCCCCCAAGGCCUACGGAGGAGCCCUCGGUGCCCUGGGCUUUAGAGGCGGCGUGGGCUGCGCAGCAGGGAAGUACUGCGGGAGGAGGCGGAAGUAACCGCGGCCGUCACCGCUGACCUCAUGAACUUUGGUGCUACUGCAUGGUCCAGAAUGUAAAUCCCGAGCAAAGCUGAGACGCCCCCCCCCCUUCCCCAAAAACCCCCCGUCCAUCCCGGGGCCAUCCCCGGCCCCGCGUUCCCAGGAGGGAUCCCGCACCUCCGGCAGCAUCCGUCGCCCCCCAGCCCCUCGGUCCCGGCAGGGAGCGCGGAAUAAACUGCGGGGAGCAGCCGUCCCCCUUGGUGCUAUCGCUCUCUGCGGGAUUUUGGGGGGGGCUCGGGGUGUCGCACCCCUCCCCAGCCCCAGAGCUGACCCCCUCGGGGGGGGGGGGGCAG